GAAAAACAAGUUUGCGCAAAGUGGAGCGGGGGCCCCGGCCUCUGGGCAGCCCCGGCGGCGCUCCCACCGCCUCCCAGCCGUCGCCGGCGGCGCAGCCGCGGCCCAUGGAGCCCGCCGGCCCGGCCCCCGGCCGCCUCGGGCCGCUGCUCUGCCUGCUGCUCGCCGCGUCCUGCGUCUGGGCAGGUGUGGCAGGUGAAACAGAACUGCAGGUGAUCCAGCCCGAGAAGUCGGUGUCUGUGGCGGCCGGACAGACGGCCACUCUUCACUGCACCCUGACCUCCCUGCAGCCCUCUGGGAAGGUCGAGUGGUUCAGGGGCACAGGGCCAGGCCGGGAGUUAAUCUUCAGUUUCAGAGGAGACCCUCACUCCCCUCGAGUAACAAAUGUUUCAGACGCCACAAGGAGAAACAACAUGGACUUUUCCAUCCGCAUCAGUAACAUCACCCCAGCAGACACGGGAACCUACUACUGUGUGAAGUUCCAGAAAGGGAACCCCGAUGUGGAGUUUAAGUCUGGACCAGGCACCCAGGUCACCGUGAGCGCCAAACCCUCUCCCCCCGUGGUGUCGGGUCCCACGGCCAGGGCCACACCUGAGCAGACUGUGAGCUUCACCUGCGAGUCCCACGGCUUCUCCCCCAGAAACGUCACCCUGAAAUGGUUCAAAAACGGGAAUGAGCUGGCAGCCUCCCAGACCACCGUGGACCCAGAGGGAGACAGCGCUUCCUACAGCAUCUCCAGCACAACCACGCUGCCGCUGGCCCCGGGGGACGUUCGCUCCCAGGUCAUCUGCGAGGUGGCCCACGUGACCCUGCAGGGGGGCCCUCCUCUUCGUGGGACUGCCAACUUGUCCGAGACCCUCCGAGUUCCACCCACCUUGGAGGUUGCCCAGCAACCCGUGACAGGGGACCAGGUGAAGGUCAUUUGCCAAGUGAAGAAGUUCUACCCCCAGCACCUACAGUUGACCUGGUUGGAGAACGGAAACGUGUCCCGAACAGAGACGGCCUCGACGGCCUCGACGGCCUCGAACCUCAUAGAGAACAAGGAUGGGACCUUUAACUGGACGAGCUGGCUCCUGGUGAAUUUAUCCGCCCACAGGGAAGAUGUGGUUUUCACCUGCCAGGUGCAGCAUGACGGGCAGCCCGCGGUCACCAAAAACCAUACCCUUGUGGUCUCUGCCCACCAGAAGGACCAGGAAACGCAUACGACCCAGGACAAAAAUGAAAGCCAGACCAUCUUCAUUGUGGUGGGCGUGGUUUGUGCCCUGCUGGUGACUCUCGUGAUCGCAGCCCUCUACCUCCUCCGAAUCCGACAGAAGAAAGCCAAGGGCUCCACUUCUUCUACGAGGUUGCAUGAGCCCGAGAAGAAUACCAGAGAAAUAACCCAGCCAGGAGAAGGUCACCACCUCCUUGACCCAGGGCACCCAACACACAACUCCAGGGGGCACCGCUCACAGUUUGUUCACCGAUCGCCUCAUGCAAGGGCAUGCUCCCUUUCUGGCACUUUCUCCGCAGCACUGCCGGGGCGAUUUCACGGGCAGCGUGGUUGGCCUGAUUCCGAGAGACCUCGCCCUGCUUCUCACGGGCUGACGCUGUCAGACCUUGGAGGCCGAGGGUUCCUCUGCCUCUUGUGAUGAGACAAGCCCUGCCCUGAACCCGCGAGGAGAGAGCACCAGCUGUCCUUGACAUUUCCCGGGGUGUUGUCAUCGUUUCAGAUGCAAUCUGUUGCACAGAGUCGGGCUGCUGAGAGGCACGGUCUUUGUAAAGCCCCAACUGUGGCCUGCUCUCCCCACCCGGGACAGCCCCCGCCCCCGGCGGCCCCGGGCACAAGCCCGAGGGGUAAUUACAAAGCGCGGCCUUCUCCCCAGUCAUUGUUACCUCUGGACUUCUCUCUGGAACUUUCAGGGGAAAGGAUGAUGGUGAGAGGUGGUCACUAAAACCUGCACUGAAUUCGCAGCCGGCCACGACUUCCUGAGCACCUACUAUGUGCCAGGCCCUGGGCAGUGACCAAGGCAGCCACAGCCCGGCCCUCACGGAGCUUCUUACAGCCUUGUGUCUCGAAUCCCCAGUGCUAGGUGCCGGCCCCUGCCAGGGAGGAACUUUAAUGCUGUUGCUGUGGGUUUCCCAGAGAGAAGUGAGUGAGUGUGCAAGGCUCGGGACAGAGGGGGCCGUGCGGUGAGACCACAGCUGUCGGGUCCAACAGACUCUGGAUCCUUUGCAGCUGUGUGACUUGAACCAAAUUGUUUAACCUCUCUGGGCUUCAGUUUCUUCACUUGUAAAGCGGGGGAGGGGGCUCCUAGCGACGGGCUGAGAUAGGGCCUCGGUAAGACGAUCCCCGCGAUGGCGCCGAGCCGGUAAGCCUGGGGGAGCUGCGCUCUGUGGUGCUUACUGAGCACCAGCGAGGAGCCGUGGUGGUGUUCCCCCCGCCCCCUUCUACAGGAGAGGUGCUGGGCACGGAAGAAGCAAAGUUUGCAAUUCCUGAUGAGUAAUUUGAAGGCAGCCGUUGUGAGCGAUAAGAUUAGCACGCGGGAGAUGUUCAGAUUUGCCAGGCGGUUGAUGAUUGCUAGCAUUUAUCGGACACACGGGUUCCCUCGAUGUGUGCCAGGCUCUGUUCUGUGCGCUUUACCUGGGCGAUCAUGUCUGAGCCUCACAGGGACCCUGGAAACAGACACUAUCCCAGCCCCGCCUUACAGAUGGGGAAACCGAGGCCCAGAGAGGUUUAAGUGGAUUGCCCCAAGGACCUCAGCUAGACGGAGCAGGAGAAGGAUUGAAACCCCAGGCUCCUUACUUCACCUGCUACCUGGGCUCUCGUUCUCGCAUGCCCCUGUUCCCAGUCUCCCAGACCCCAGCUGCACCCUGAGUGAGGCUGAAAUUGCCAUCCAUUCUUUGGUUCGUUCACUCAUUCCACACCGAUGGGGCUUCUUCAAUGCCAGCCUUGGGUUCUGCAUUAUAACAAAUAACCUAGUGAAGGCGUGUUGAAUAAACCAGUAAACGGAUGAGUAUCUCCACCCACUGGAGGUCGGCACCUACUCAGACCCCCAGACAGAGUCGGUCCUGGGUGGUGGGUGCUGUCAUGGAGAGACACGGCUUGAGGAAGCACAGAGAGGAACCCUAGAGCCAGCUGAGGGGAGGGUGGUCUUAGGUUGAAGUGAUGCAUGUGCUAAAAGGCACAAGGUGGACGGGGUUUCGUUACGAGGAGAAGGGGAAUGGACAGCAGGCA